AUGGCCAAUGAAAACAAUGUAACUGAGUUAAUUUUCACUGGCCUUUUCCAGGAUCCAGAGGUGCAGAAGGUGUGCUUUGUACUCUUCCUCCCUGUGUACGUAGCCACAGUGCUGGGCAAUGGCCUUAUUGUUGUGACAGUCAACACCAGUAAGAAUCUGUGUUCUCAUUAUUUCUUCCUCAGCUCCUUGUCCCUGGUAGAAAUCUAUUACUCUUCUACCAUUGUCCCUAAGUUUAUCACUGACUUACUUGCUAAGAUUAAAACCAUCCCUCUGAAGGGCUGUCUGACUCAGAUAUUUUUCUCCCAUUUCUUUGGAGUUGUUGAAGUCAUUCUGCUUGUGGUGAUGGCCUAUGUGGCCAUCUGCAAACCUCUUCAUUACAUGAACAUCAUGAGUCAUCAAGUGUGUCACAUGCUGGUGGCUGGUUCCUGGCUGGGAGGCCUUAUUCACCCCAUAAUCCAGAUCCUCAUCACUAUUCCAUUGCCCUUCUGUGGUCCCAAUGUGAUUGACCACUACUUCUGUGACCUCCAGCCAUUAUUUAAGCUUGCCUGCACUGACACCUUUAUGGAGGGUGUUAUUGUGAUGGCCAACAGUGGUUUCAUCUCCAUAAUCUCUCUCCUUAUCCUGAUGUCCUCUUACAUCAUCAUCCUGGUCAACUUGAGGAGCCAUUCUGCAGAGGGGAGGCGCAAAGCCCUCUCUACCUGUUCCUCUCACAUUACAGUGGUCACUUUGUUCUUUGGGCCUGGUGCUUUUAUUUACAUGAGACCUUCCUCUAUCUUCACUGUGGAAAAACUUGUGGCUGUGUUCUAUACUGUCAUCAACCCCAUGCUGAACCCCAUUGUCUACACAUUAAGAAAUGCAGAGAUGAAAAAUGCCAUAAGGAAGUUUUGGAGACCAAAGGAGAACUGA